AUGGCGCGUCUCGGCCGCGUUGGGUUCCUCGCCCUCGCGGUGGUUUUCCACCUGAUCUAUACAUAUUCGAUCUUCGACAUCUACUUCGUGAGCCCAAUUGUGAGUGGUAUGCGCUCAUAUGGCGUCGAACGGCCAGCUGGAACCAAUGCUCCCGCGCAACGACUCGUCCUCUUUGUCGCCGAUGGACUCCGCGCCGACAAGGCCUUCCAGGCCUUCCCUGAUCCGUCCCCCGAUGCUCUCGCCGAGCCAUCCAAUGAUUUGAUUCGACUCGCACCGUUCAUUCGUUCAAAGGUUCUUACGCAUGGAACCUUCGGCGUCUCGCAUACUCGCGUCCCCACAGAAUCGCGGCCCGGUCAUGUUGCCCUCAUCGCGGGUUUAUACGAGGACGUGUCGGCAGUCACAACGGGGUGGAAAUUGAACCCCGUUGACUUUGACAGUGUCUUCAAUCGCAGCCGGCAUACGUGGAGCUGGGGUAGCCCGGAUAUUCUGCCAAUGUUCAAGGAGGGAGCGGAACCUGGUCGUGUUGACGCGGAGAUGUAUGCGGAAGAAGCGGAGGAUUUCAGUCAGGACGCCACUCAUCUGGAUACUUGGGUGUUUUCGAAAGUUCGCGAGCUGUUUGAGUCGGCCAAGACUGAUCCAGAUCUUGACCGGAAAUUGCGCGAGGACAAAUUGGUGUUCUUCCUUCAUCUAUUGGGACUGGAUACCACUGGUCACGCUUUCAGGCCCUACUCCAAGGAAUACCUCAACAACAUCAAAAUUGUGGACAAGGGUAUUGAGGCGGUUACCAAGCUGGUCGAGGAUUUUUACGGCGAUGACCAGACCGCGUUCGUUUUCACUGCGGACCACGGCAUGAACGACAUGGGCAGUCACGGAGACGGUCAUCCCGAUAAUACACGCACGCCUUUGGUCGUGUGGGGAUCUGGUGUCGCUAAGCCCCAGAUCACUAUGGAAGGAAUCGCCCCUGGCCACGAGGAUGGGUUCUCGUCGGAUUGGGGAUUUGACCAGAUCCAACGACACGACGUUGCACAGGCCGAUGUCGCGGCUCUUAUGGCUUACCUGGUUGGCGUUGAUUAUCCCGUUAACUCGGUUGGCCAGCUGCCAUUGGAUUAUAUUGAUGCCAGCCCUGAGGAAAAGGCACAGGCGGCGCUCGCAAAUACCCGGGCCGUGCUGGAAAUGUAUCGAGUCAAAGAAGAGCAGAAGAGGAAUGCUCUGCUCCGCUAUGUACCCUUCGAGCCUCUCUCUGGCGAUGGCGAAACUUCCAUUGAAGGGCGCUUUGCGAACCUGGAGACACUCGUUUCAAACGGGGCUUAUGAGGAUUCCAUUGCAUUGUCUUCUGAAUUGCUGGUCCUCGGUCUCGAGGGUCUGCGCUACCUCCAAACAUACGACUGGCUGUUCCUGCGGACAAUUGUCUCUCUGGGCUACUUGGGUUGGAUCGCUUAUGCGUUGACCACAGUCAUUGACUUGCAUGUGUUGCACGGAACGACAGAUUCUCACCGAACGACCGCUAGUAUCUCAUUCUUUUCGUCAAUCUUGGUUGCCCUGUUCUCCGUCUUCCUGUACCAAGGCUCCUCGUGGCGGUACUACUUCUAUGCAUUCUUCCCGGUCUACUUCUGGGAAGAGGUCUUUGCUCGCCGCAAGGCGCUGAUCGCUGGACGGCAAAUUGUUCUCGGCCAUGUUCACUCGUUUUCUGGAUAUCUGACCUUUGGGCUGCAGGCGCUAGCAUUCCUUGCCGUGCUCGAGGCACUGGUUCAAUCUUACUUCCAUCGCGAAAUCUUCACCGUUGGGUUUGCGUUGGGUGCCCUCUGGCCUCUAGUCUAUGGCUUUGGGUUCAUUCGUAACCAUGCUUUCCUCUCUGCAACAUGGGCCCUCGGCUGCUCUUUGAUGAGUACCUUUACUCUUCUUCCCGUCCUGAAAGUGGAGAAUCUUGAUACUAUUACGUAUGGUGGUCUCAUCAUGUUCUUUACUGGCAUUCUAUAUCUGCUAUUUGAGGAUGCAAUCCUUGAGCAUGGUGGCAGUGUUGCAAAGCGCUCAAAAUCCACCCCUGUUGGCUCGCGAGUCAUUGUGGGGUCGCAGGUUGGCAUGGUUCUCCUUGCAUUGAUUGUGACUCGCUCGAGUGUGACAUCGCUUCAAGCCCGUGAGGGCUUGCCUGUUGGGAAUCAAGUGGUGGGCUGGUUUGUACUGGUGGCCUCGCUCUCUUUGCCUUUCUUCCACCGAUUCUACCCGAAUAACAACUACCUCCACCGCCUUAUGGUCAUCUUCCUGACCUUCUCGCCCACGUUCAUCAUUCUCACCAUCUCGUGGGAGGGGCUGUUCUACUUCGUAUUCUGCAUGACCCUCGUAACAUGGGUCCGUCUCGAGCACGCUAUCUACGUUCAUACUGCAGGCUCAAAGACUGUUCAGUCGCAAGAGCCAGCUACCAAUGGCUCGGUCGCUCCGUCAGAACCUGCUCCUACCAGCACCACCACCGUCGAUGGUCAGACAUACUGCUACCGCGCACUAACCCUUUCUGAUACCCGUGUCGCGUUGUUUUUCUUCUUCCUACUCCAGUCUGGCUUCUUCAGCACUGGAAAUGUCGCUUCGAUCUCCACUUUCUCUCUAGACAGUGUCCGCCGUCUCAUCCCGAUCUUCGACCCCUUCGCCCAGGGCGCCCUCUUGAUCUUACAAAUCCUUAUCCCCUUCGCUAUCAUCAGCGCCAACUUGGGCAUUCUCAACCGUCGCCUCGAAGUCGCCCCUAGCGCACUGUUCAUGGUCGUCAUGUCCAUCUCGGACGUGAUGACCCUGAACUUCUUCUAUAUGGUGCGCGACGAAGGCUCCUGGUUGGAUAUUGGCAUGACUAUCAGUCACUUCUGUAUCGCCAGUGCGCUUUGCACCUUCGUUGCUGGACUUGAAUUCCUCAGCGAGCAGUUUGUCAGUGGGGUCGACUUUGGCCGUGCUCAGGCACUGGGAUCCGCUGUUGUGCAGGCUGUGAGUGAAUCUGCCGAGUGUGGCCAUGAAUCGACUACUGGGCCGAACUCAAGUAAGAGUUCAUCAAGUCGCAGCAGAGAAAAGGGCAGUAAGGCCCAGCAAUGA